UCUUAGCAAUAUGAGAAACCACUGUCUGAGAUGGAGCCAAAGAUUCUGAGUGAGAGGAAACUGAAGAUGGUAUUCUACCGUGUCAAAGAAAUCCUGCAGUGCCACUCCAUGUUUCAGAUAGCACUGGCCAGCCGCGUAUCUGAGUGGGACUCAGUGGAAAUGAUCGGCGACGUCUUCGUGGCUUCGUUUUCUAAGUCCAUGGUACUAGAUGCUUACAGUGAAUAUGUAAAUAAUUUUAGCACAGCUGUAGCAGUCCUCAAGAAAACAUGUGCUACAAAGCCUGCUUUUCUUGAAUUUUUAAAGCAGUGCCAGGAGUCCAGUCCGGAUCGAAUCACGCUCUACAGUCUGAUGAUGAAACCCAUCCAGAGGUUUCCGCAGUUCAUUCUUCUGCUCCAGGAUAUGUUGAAGAAUACAUCCAAAGGACAUCCUGACAGGCUGCCUCUUCAGAUGGCACUGACGGAGCUCGAAACGUUAGCAGAGAAGUUAAAUGAAAGAAAAAGAGAUGCCGAUCAACGCUGUGAAAUUAAACAAAUAGCCAAAGCCAUCAACGAGAGAUACCUGAACAAGCUUCUCAGCAGUGGAAAUCGAUACCUCAUUCGAUCUGAUGAUAUGAUAGAAACGGUUUACAAUGACAGAGGAGAAAUUAUUAAAACCAAAGAGCGCCGAAUCUUCAUGUUAAAUGAUGUGUUAAUGUGUGCCACAGUUAGCUCACGCACCUCACAUGAAAGCAGUGCUAUAGCCAGCCAGAGGUACUUACUGAAGUGGAGUGUUCCUCUUGGACAUGUAGAGGUCAUAGAAUACUGCAAUAAUCCAGGUGCAGGAGAACACAGCAGGUACCCCGCUGUGCACGUGCCUGAAAGUCUGGCGGUGGUUGCUAAUGUGAAGCCAAACAAAGUUUACAUGGGGCCAGGACAGCUGUAUCAAGAUUUACAAAACCUGCUGCAUGACUUAAAUGUAAUUGGUCAAAUCACUCAACUGAUAGGAAACCUUAAAGGAAACUAUCAGAACUUAAACCAAUCAGUAGCCCAUGAUUGGACAUCAGGUUUACAAAGACUAAUUUUGAAGAAAGAAGAUGAAAUCAGAGCCGCUGACUGCUGCAGAAUUCAGUUACAGCUCCCGGGGAAGCAGGACAAGUCUGGGCGACCUACUUUCUUUACAGCUGUGUUCAAUACAUUUACCCCUGCCAUCAAAGAGUCCUGGAUCAACAACUUGCAGAUGGCCAAGCUUGCCCUUGAAGAGGAGAACCAUAUGGGCUGGUUCUGUGUGGAAGAUGAUGGGAAUCAAAUUAAAAAGGAGAAACAUCCCCUUCUUGUUGGACACAUGCCUGUGUUGGUGGCCAAGCAGCAGGAGUUCAAGAUUGAAUGUGCUGCUUAUAAUCCUGAACCUUACCUAAGUAAUGAAAGUCAACCAGACUCAUUUUCCACUGUGCAUGGUUUCCUGUGGAUUGGAAGUUGUACCAAUCAAAUGGGUCAAAUUGCCAUUGUCUCAUUUCAAAAUUCCAACCCCAAAGUCAUCGAGUGCUUCAAUGUGGAAUCUCGCAUCCUGUGUAUGGCGUACAUUCCUGUCGAGGAGAAGCACCAAGAACCCAGCACAGCCUCGGACCCCGAAACCACGGCCGUGAGAGCUUCCGAUGUCCCCACGAUCUGUUUAGGAACAGAGGAGGGAAGCGUUUCCAUUUAUAAAAGCAGUCAAGGCUCCAAGAAAGUGAGACUUCAGCAUUUUUUCACUCCCGAGAAGUCCACGGUCAUGAGCUUGGCCUGCACGUCUCAGAGCCUGUAUGCCGGCCUUGUCAACGGGACAGUGGUCAGCUACACCAGAGCCGAAGAUGGAUCCUGGAAUACCGAACCUCAAAAAGUGAUAAAAUUAGGCAUUCUACCAGUUAGAAGUCUGCUAAUGAUGGAAGAUACAUUGUGGGCGGCUUCUGGAGGUCAAGUUUUUAUAAUCAAUGUGGAGACUUAUGCUGUAGAGAAGCAGCUGGAGGCCCACCAAGAGGAAGGGAUGGUCAUCUCUCACAUGGCUGUGGCUGGCGUGGGCAUUUGGGUCGCCUUCACCUCUGGGUCCACGCUCCGCCUCUUUCACACAGAGACACUAAAGCACCUGCAAGACAUCAACAUCGCCGCCCCUGUCCACAGCAUGCUGCCAGGGCACCAGCGGCUGUCUGUGACAAGCCUGCUUGUCUGUCACGGCUUGCUGAUGGUAGGCACCAGCCUGGGACUCGUCGUGGCCCUACCAGUCCCUCGUCUACAGGGGAUUCCCAAAGUGACCGGAAGAGGGAUGGUCUCCUACCAUGCACAUAAUGGUCCUGUCAAAUUCAUUGUCAUGGCCACCGCUUUCCACAAAAAAGACCAGGACAAAUCCCGGGACAGUCUGCCUCCCGGCCCCGAGCCCCAGGAUGAAGACCCAAAGGAUGAGCUCCCACACGAGGGACCCAGCUCUUGCCUGAGCCAGAGCGACCCUGAUGCAGCCAUUUGGUUGGGAGAUUCUGUGGGAUCCAUGACUCAAAAAAGUGAUCAGUCUUCCUCAUCAGGGUCCCUGAGCUUAUCCCACGGCUCCAGCUCUCUAGAGCACAAAUCGGAGGACAGUGUCAUCUACGACCUCCUGAAGGAUCCCACCAUCUCACUGAGAGGCAAGGCACGGCGGCACAAGAGAGCCAAGGCCAGCUCAGCACUGGUGGUCUGUGGAGGCCAGGGCCACCGGCGGGUGCACAGGAAGGCCAGGCAGCCGCACCAGGAGGAGCUGGUGUCCUCCGUCAUGGUCUGGCAGAUCCCCCUGCUGAAUAUAUAGGGGAGGGCCCGCCUCCUGGGGUGGGAUCCGCAGUCAAGGACGACUUCUCAGCUUAAUCACACGGCCACAGCAACUGAGGCUGUGUCUACACUGGUUGGGGAAACAUUGAAAACAGUAUUUGGGGAAAAAAUGUGCAAUAUCCUAAUGACGGCUUUCCUGCCAAUUCGUUCCUUCUCUUCCACACAGCAGAACUGAAUACAGGAGAAGAUUGAUGCAAUUUCUGAGUAAUUGAAUGAAGUUCUUGGAGAAUACCACGUUCUUUUUGACUGUUGUAGUCCAUAUAUAAAUUCUGAAUGUUAACCUUCAUCAGCUUCAGACCUAUUCUUGUAUCAUAUUACUUUGAGAACUUGUAGGACAAAGAACUUACGGAAAAAUAUAGUGUAUUCAAUAGUCUAGGAAUUUAUUAACAAUUCUUAAAAUAAUUUUACUUCAUUCAGAUUUACUACUUGUAUUUAUGUUCUAUAUUUUUAAAUUCCAGAAUAGAAUUUGUAACAAUUUAAAAAGUCAGGUAACACAUACUGGUCAAGAUAGUGUGAUUUGCUUUCAGAAGUGAGCUGGGUUUUCCAAAGUGGUAUAAUGCGUGUACUGUAUAUUUUAACAAAGUAUUUUUAUAUUGCAUUUUUCUAUUAAACAAUUAACAGUUAAUGUUUUAGUAAUAUACUAUCUGUAGUAUUUUACAAAUGUGUGCUUUGAACCAAAAUGCUCAGUACUUCUCAACACGUAGACUCAAGCAUCAACACCAAAUUACUCUUCCCUUCUCGUGUUAAAUAGCACUGACAUCCACAUUAGAGAUGGUAUUUGUUUUAGUAUGGUAGGAAACAUGCAGAAAAGUCUCAGUCAGUUCUUCCGUGCAGUUUCCUGCACCUGUGGACCUGGAAUGCUGUGUUCUUUUUAAAUAUAUGUUCUUAAUGGCUCGUGGUGCUAGUCAGCAUGGCAUACUGCUGCUGGCCAUGGGACCCAGCCAAGAAAGGUGACCUUGACCAACACUGUGUGUCAUGGAGGUGUCCCUCUGCAGAGAGCAUAGGUUUGCAUUCUGCAAUCCUAGUGCCAGCUCUGCAUGUCAAGGUUCAUGGGUAUCAGUGAGUUCCACUGUGCUCAACAUGUAUUUAUUUAUCAAUAUUUUGCUUACUGGAUAGAUCAUGAGGGGAAAAAAAAAAAAAAACCUAACACAGGCAUUCACCAGAAAUAAGUUUCUCAGCACUUUACAGGUGACUAAAAAUGCUAAUUUUAUGACUUAGCCAAAUAUCUUCUAAGUUGCAUAUAUACCUUCAUGUGAAAAUAAUUUCUUCCAAAAUGUUUUUAAACCGUUAGCUGCUAUCGUAUUUCAUAAAUAAAGUCUUUGUUUAUAAAGACA